AUGAUGGGAUUGUAUUCCAGCAGCGCGCUGGGCGGAGUGGAGGUGUUGGAAGGCGGGCUGGUGGGCGGCGAGCUGACGGCCCACGUGCUGUCGGCGCAGGCCGCCGCGCACCACCACCAGCAGCAACAGCAACAAAUUGCUCAACAACAAAUCAAAACGUCACCCUCUUCGGGGCGCUCCACCCCGGUCCCCCAGGCCUCCAACCCUGGGACGACAUCGCCGUCUCCGAGCAAGCUGUUCGUCGGGGGCCUGAGCUGGCAGACGAGCUCGGAGAAGCUCCGGGAGUACUUCGCAAUGUUCGGAGCGGUUACCGACGUGUUGAUCAUGAAGGACCCAGUAACACAGAGAUCGCGCGGCUUUGGCUUCAUCACGUUCCAGGACGCGUCGUCAGUGGACAAAGUGCUCGCGGUCCCCGUUCACACUCUCGACGGCAAGCGCAUCGACCCGAAACACGCCACGCCGAAGUCAGCCCCCCGACCGGCCAAGACCAAGAAGAUCUUCGUCGGAGGCGUCGGCCAAGACACUUCAGCUGAAGAGGUCAGAGCUUACUUCUCACAGUUCGGCCUAGUCGAAGACGCUGUCAUGCUCAUGGACCAGCAAACCAAACGCCACAGGGGCUUCGGCUUCGUCACCUUCCAUUCCGAGGAGGCUGUCGAACGGGUCUGCGAGAUACACUUCCACACGAUAAAGAAUAAGAAGGUUGAGUGUAAACGCGCGCAGCCGAAAGAGGCUGUCGCGGCCGCGCCCCUGGCGUUAGGCAAGAGACUUGUCUUGCGCCCGGGCAGAGGGCUCGUGUAUGCCACAGCAGGGGGCGUGGGCGCCGUGCCCACGGUGGGGGCGGCGCACGCGUACAGAUACGCGCCGUACGCACUGCCGGCGGCGGCCACGGCAGCCACGGCGGCGCUGGUGGCGCCCCCCGCGCCCGCGCCGGCGCCCGCGCUGCCGCAGUUCGGCGCGGCCUACUCCCUCGCCGGCGUCGACAUGUCUUCAUUUCAGGGCGUCGACUGGGGCGCCAUGUACGGCCUCCCCAUGUACAUCUAAACGGUAAAGAGCAAUACGAAUUAAAAAGUAAAAAACCCCACCCGCCUACAAGGUUAGGUUGUCGCGAAAGCUUUUUUUCUUCAGCGCUUCGGGCGCGAUCAAUCGCGAAUUGCACAUGCCAAGCUCGGAUUGGGCGUGUGGUUCUAAUUAAUACAAGAGAUACAAAAUAUAUUGAAAAGCGCAGAGUUAUCUUCAAAUUAAUUAUUAUGACCAAAGAACAUUUUCCCAGUAGAAUGAGCAACAAAUUCAACUUCACUCCCAUGUUCAUCUAUUUUUAUAUCCUCAAUGCCAAUGGGUGGUUCCCAUACUGAUUGUUGGGACCAUCCGUAAAUUUUCAUAUAAUUGCUCCAAUACUGAUGUCAAGGAGGCAACAAUCUGAUGGAGAGUCUUGCUUCCUAUAGAUCCCGUUCUUUUCUUCUCUAUAUGUUCAAAGAAAUCGGCUCUAAAAGUAUGCUUCCGUUUGCCACUGAAACAUGGGGUUGUGGUCACUUGAGUAUACACUCCUGUGCACGCCACCACACGCCAUCUUUGCGUAAUAGUUCAUUUUAGGGAACCUUACCUUGGUGUUGUGAACCGAGUCUCCGCACAUCCUGAAGGAAUCACCCAUUUCCUCCCUAGUAAACCACUUCUUUGUUUUUGUUAUUUGAGCCAGCACUCCUAGGUCUUCCUUGUAUGUUCAAAAUAUGGAAUGGAAGAAUAUUUGGGGUGCAGUCUCUUGUCCCAUGUUACCUGCUAUCUCAAAUUACAUAUUUCAGGCUCCAGUAGUAUUAGAAGAUCCAAGAAUUAGUAUCAAAUCCUUUGUUCAUAACCUUAAAAACAAGUGCUGCAAAAGUGGAAGGAAAUGUAGGCAACAUUUCCUCUGGCAUCAAGGUCUUCCUGUGGCAUCAAGAGUAUUUCUGCAAGGAGAGUUGUUAUUGUUGAUAGUGUGCCUGUCUUACAGUCAUUGGACCUAUGCUCUGGAUUAUGGAGGAUCUCCUCUCUGAUGGAAAAGAAGUCUCGGGAAGAAGAGACCGGGAAGCUUUUAAGACCUCCUACCUAAUUUUUUAACUGGCAUUUUAUGGCCUAAUCUGAGUUCGUUACUUCCUAAUGCGUAAACUGAAAACAUGUCCAAAUGGACCUAUCGUCCCAUACCAGUUCUCUUUGUCACCAGGAGAGAAUUUCUUGUAUAGAAGCCCAUAUUUCUCAGUAACGUCCUCCCAUCGGGUUUUUAACGUGGCAGAUGGUAGAGAGAUGCAUGAUCAUCUGCAUCUGACUGUACAGCCUGUAGCAGCAGUCUUCUUCAUCAUAUUAGAUUCAGCCAACCCAUUACCCCUUUGUCUGGCACUGUUAUGAAGUGUAAUUUAUGACACUCGCUAUGUGGUUUACUAGUUGAGAUACAAUCUGCAACAUUUGUUGACAUGCCUUCAAAUGAAUCCUGGAUCUUCUUUCCCACGUUCAUAUACAUUUCCAAGAUUGCUUUGAGGCAGUUCACCUUCAUUGCAGAAUCUUAACUCAAUCCUAGGUUUACUAGGGUCUUCCAAGGUUUCUCCUGAAUCUACUAAUUCCCUCAUAUUUUCUUUUUCUGUCAGCCAUUUUUGAUUUGAUUUUCUCGUAUUAUAUUGUAUUAAUUGAAAUUUGAAAGAUAAAAAAGUAAGGAUCUGUUCUUACUUAUGAUGUCCCGAUUGAUAGCGUUCGCGGCGCUCCGAUUAGUUCCUAUACUUUUUUAGUUAGGCUCUAUCUUGCCACAGUGGCCACAGAGGAAUUAUCAGUAUUUAAAAAGUAGUUAAGAUACUUAUUGGCUCAUUUAAUAUAAUAGGUUAAGUCAAUUUUUACUCGACAAGCAAUACUGGCCCGGUGCGGGACCCAAUCAAAGAAUGCGCAUUUCUUUUUUUAUUAAAAGUUUAAUAUAAGGCGAAGAUCUCAGAUAAUUUAGUUUGAAAGAAACUAAUACUUAUUUUCUCUGAUUUGUACUACGUAGUAGAUAGUGCACGUUCGUUCGCAACAUGGAAAUAUUUAUUGUAAGGAGUGUAUUUAAUGAGACUCACUGGCAGCUGUAUAAUUUUUUAAUAAUGGCGCGGACGCUGUGCGACGCCUUUUUGUUCUCAGAUCAUACGUAAUCUCAUCAGUAUUAAAAUUUUGGUGCCAUCUUUGUAUUGAAUGUGCCAAAUCGCGCUUUUCGUUGUAUCUGUGAGCUUGCUUUGAUAGACAUUCAAAAUAACAGAAGCUGGACUUCUAAUAACUUAAAACUUUAUUUUUUUCCCAUUUGGACCCAUCAAAGUAACGAAUCGUAGUUCGUUGUGAACUCAAUCUGUGCUCUCAUUAGCCGAGCGCCCACCAAUCAGCGCGCUCACAGAUCACGUGAUCAUAACACCAUCAUUGUCGCACGGCGCCGCGCUGCUCACAAUACUCUUCAUACAUAUCUAACUGAGUGGAAGCAAUCUCAUUACAUAGUCUAUGUAUGACGUUAUUUACUUACGUAGUUAUAUUUAGUAUUACGCUCUGUGGUCGUGGUGGCUUUUGAAUGUAGUUUAGAAGCUUGUCUUGCCAGGGGUUAUUAACCUGCUGAAUAAUGGCGUGUCCCUUUCUGGGCGCCAGUUUCGUAGAACCUAAAUAUUUGAUAAUUAAUAUUAUAAGUAUAUAUUUAAAUAGAUUAUUAUGUCUAUUUACAGAGUAAAAAUCUCAUUUAUAAUUUAUUUAGUACGAUAUCCUCUUUAAUUUCCAAUUUGUGAUAUUUCUUUAAAAAUCUCGGUACUUGAGCGUUGAAAAGCCACUGUCGACCGGGCGAUAUUAGCGUACAUUUGAUUACUUACUUAUAGUUUAGUUACGAAGGGAAUGCGAACUAACACCGAGUGUCUCGACAAUAAGUAAACGCCGUAGACUUGUCAUGCCGCCUGACUUUGCCUGGAAAACGGCCCCGUUCUGGGCGCCAGUAUAUUAAUAUAUUUUAUUUUGAACGUAUAUUUAUACAUCUGUUUUGAGACAGGAUUCUUAUAAAUGUAGGCCAAAUGACUUAAAAUAACCAGUAUUUAACCGUCUUUAAAGGUUUUUGAUUUGUCAAUGUAAUAUUGGUGUAACGGUAUAUUCCAAAUAUGUACUUAAAAUAUCCAGUUUUUAUAUACCUACUACAAGUAAAUUUAAGCGAGAUUUCAAUCUGUUCCCAGUGAUAAAUUCGUGAUAUUAAUUUACAAAUUACAAUCCCUUCUCUAAACUAUUGAGGUUGACAAUUGUCUUAUGAUCUAACUAAACAAUAAUAAAUAUACUGAAUAUACAAUAAAGUUCCUUUCUACAAGGUCUAUUUUGUAUUAACAGCUUUGGUGGUCAACUGAGAUCAGUAAAAAAAUAUAAUUCAGCGUUAUUAACAAUUACAUUCUUGUAUGGACAAGUAAAACAUCUAAAUGUGUGUAAAAUUGAGUUUAUAACCUGGAGAAUUAAAAAGGCCACAUCGAAGCAAUUCAUCUAAAAAGGUAAUAUUGCAAUUUGACAUUUGCGCAUGUAAAAGUAAGUGCGCGAUGCAAAUAAAUGUCAAAUAGCAAUAAUGCUUUCUUAGAUGAAUUGCUUCGAUGUGGCCAUUUUAACCCACCUGAUUCUUGAUGAAUCCCAGUUGUCUACAAAAGUGUCAAAUGUCACAAAGUGAGCCUGAUGGGCUUCUAACUGAGACCACAUCUUACCAUAAAUAAACAUAUAAUCCAGUCCAACAAAUAAUUGAUACACAAAAACAGUUUUGUACUUAAGUUUUUAAAAAUCCCAAUCUAUUGCAAUUAUGUCCUUAUUUUUUCGCUUACUUAGUAUUUAGCCAUUAGCAUAGUUCUCUCGAAAAGCAAUACUUAAAUUAUAUUCUGUGAUCGAAGGAGUAUUAAUAAAAGACGAUAUACGGUUGUGUUUGUGCAAUUCCUAGGUUAAGGUCGAAAUUUCAGGACUUAGUCCUUUCAGUAUUAAAACUUUGUCCUAAAAUUUGAGUACUUAGAAAGUAGCGGUAGCUACGGUUGCUAGUGUAAGGGUUCCAUGCAGUAUUGGCUUUUUCUGACGAUAGAACCUUGUCGCAAUAAUUUGUGGAAUUUUCGUAACUACCCGCUUUAAUCUAAAGCAUUAUUUAACUUUGGAAUAGGUUGAUUCGUUUGCGCAAGUGUGAAAAUCGAAAAACUAAUGGAUAGAACACACUUUGGCAAUAUUGGGUUCAGCCUAUUGGAAUUUACCAAAGAAAUAAUGCAUUAUCGAUGCUUGAUAUGGAAAUGAAAAUAUUUAUAAAUAUUUAUAAUAAUAUUUAAGCUUAUAUCAAAAGUUACUGUGACAAAGUUCUAACGCCCUGUAGGAAUCCUCUAUGACAAUAAAAUUAGCAGCUACAUAUUUCGCGCGCAUUGUGUGGCCGCUUUUUGCGCUACGCAACGCCAGGCAGUGUUAGUGAAAUGUGUUUUUUUUUUUUUAUUUUAUUUUUUAAUAAUCCAGGCAAAGGCAGGCGUCAAGCGUAGAGCCCAAUGCAUGCGGUAGAUUAGUCGGCAUACCCGCCCGCCGACGCACUAUGUAACCCUGAUGUGUGGAACUACCCUCAAAAAUACUAACAUUUUUUUCUCGUUAAUAAGUUGAAUUGCAUUCGCUUGUCAAUAAGUUAGAUAAACUCUGCAGUAGUCAGUCUGCUGAUUAGUUGAAAUAGACUGCUUAAAUUAUAUAUUUAGCGAAAAAAUUGUGAUUGGUUAGAGUAUUUAGUUUAUUUAUUAUAAAUAUACAAGACUAACAGUUAUUAAAAAAAAGAAAUUAACAUUCUCCUUAAAACCCAACGUUCCUUUACACGCUUUAAACUCGUUUCGUUCCAUGCUUUAGUUCUUCCACACAUUAGGGCUACCGAAUGCUAUGACACAUGUAUACACCUCCUUAAGUAUAGCAGUAUUAAUAUAACUAGGUUAGAUCCUCCUGAGAUUACCGGCGGUGUUGAGUCGAAUAUAGUGUUGGGACGUCGUGGAAUAGUGUUGGGAUUAUGGCCUAAUUAAGGAAAAAUUGGGCCGAACAAUUUGAGAAAGCGAAGCGUGUACCUAAAUUUAAUCUAAUGUAGCCUACAAGAUCCCACUGCUGGGCAAAGGCCUCCCCUUCCUCUUUCCGUUUUUCGCGGUCCUGUGCGUACUCCGGCAAGCAUCCAAGUCAUCACGCCAUCGCGUGUACCUACCUAAAGUAAAUUUGAUGAAAUUAAAAAACCUCGUGACUAACGUAAAUUCAUAACUAAAAUGGUUUUUAAUCGAUAAUAGAAAAUAAUAAGUAGGUAUCUAACAAAAAGUGUAACUUGAAAGUUAUGACUUUUAUUUUUUUCUUUACUAACUCUUAUAGAGGUUAUUUCAACCAGAGGGGUUAAAAAGGCCACGGCAAAGCAAUUCAUCUAACAAGCAUUAUUUCUGUUUGAGAUUUCUUGACAUUGCGCACUUUUAUAUGCGCAAAUGUCAAUUUGCUGCUUUUUAGAUGAAUUGCUUAUAAGUGGCCUUUUUAACCCCCCAGCUCUCAUUUGUCCGGGCAAGUAGUGAAGACCAUCCAAGACAAAUCAAUAUUACUCAAUUAUUUAUUAAAAUAAAAUAUACUAUUACUCAAAUAUUUAUUAAAUUUCUAAACAACAUAAUAUUAAUAUAAUUAACGAUUCAAGACUAAAAAAAUCCACUCCCAAAUGAGAUCAGAUUUACUACAAUAAAUUCUUUUUCAUUUAAUCUAAUAGCAGCUACGAAGUUUGAUUAUAAACGUGUUCGCCACAACGUCGACAAGUAAAAUCUUUUAUUUCCCAAAACACAUUGCCAAUACACAUAAAAUUCGUCGCCUAUCAAAGUUCCCUUAUUCGCAGAUCGAGUUAUAAAAACCAAGUUAUGGUAACCCACAUAGAUCUGUUAGGAAACAUUGGUUAUUUAUUAGAAAUUUUCAAAGGCAAUUUUCGCAAUUUUGAUUUGUGUUCAUAAACUGCGCGCUAGGGGUUGCUUUUCUCAAAUAAAAUCCUGGCAGACGACACACCGAGCCCAGGUUUCCGCCCAGGCGGCCUUGGGAGCCGUCAGGUACCCAUCCUAAGGCAUGUUGUCUUAAAGGUUAUACCGAGUGAGAGCUCUCAGCCCAUUUUGUUCGGCUAAAUAGUCAAUACCAUCUGAGAAGAACUUACUAUAGUAGCCACAAAAAAUAAUGCGAUAAUGUUUCAAGUACUUAAUUUUAAAUGCAUUCAAAAUAACAAGUAUAUUUUUCGUAAAUAAUAUCAAUGAACAGCAUAAAAGAAAAACCUUCCAAGUUAAACCAAAUUGCCCAAUUUAAGGUCUUUGGCGUGCUGCCAUCAAGAAUCAUGUAUUUACCUAAAUUACUUCCCAUUUCUGGUCGACUUACAAGAUAGAUAUGAAAACAAAGCUUUGAUAUUUAUCAUGAUUUUAGUCCAUGUUCCUAUAUUCGACUCAAACUGACCGCCGUUCACCCAAUAAUAGACACCUUUUGUAUAUUAGCAUUUUCCAAAAUUCUCAGUAUUAGUGGUUGAUAUAAUAUUAAUGUGAUGUCUACUAGUAACCUGCAACCGCUUGGUACCUUGCCAGUUGCCAAACCGACGCGAGGCGGUUGCAUUAGUAAACUAUGUACUUAAUUUUUUAUAUUUUAUAUGUAUGCCUCUGGCUGAGUUCUACUAUUGAAAGAUCUUGACGGAAAUGUGUAAGCGAAAUCUCGCGCGUUUGAUUAAGAAAUUAGUGUUUGGAUAUACGAGUAUUGCGAAUCUCAAUUUUGAAUCUCAUAAAUUCUACGUUGAAAGAUCUAUACCGUAUGCAUGUCAAAAAUGUAUGCAGCCAAUUUUAAUUGUGAAUUAGGAGCAGUUUUUGGCACAAUAGUAGGACUUGGCGCAGAAUAACAAUAUUUAUAUUUGUCCCUCGAAUCACUUACCUUGUACUAGAUACACUGGUAACUUGGUUUUGGCUGUCCCCCGUUGUCUUAUAGAAGAGAUUGAUUUUAUUUUUAGUUCACAACGGAGGCCGGCUGUAGGCUAGCAGUAGUUUUGUAUUUAGUGGACUUAGAGUUUGCCCGUAAUGUAAUGAAGCACUUAGCAUUACCCAAUGUGUCAUUACAUGGAUAAUAUUAGAACAAUAAAUUGUGUGUUUUAUUUCGCCGUAGCUCAAGCGUGGGGUAGAUCCUUUUUGCUGGGUUGUGGUUUGUUUCCUACACUAUUUUUUCUUCAUAGAUAGUUUGCACGUUAUAUUGUGUUUUGAACAGUAGACUUUGCGUGUGAAAUGGACUUUCCGCAAAAAUGUUUGCCCCACGUCGGGCGCCAAUCCUUUUUGUAAGUAUGGGGGGUGGGGCCUCGCUUGGAGACUUCUGUUGGUAAGUCGGUGACGUAGAGCUCUUGAGGCAUGCGUAUUAUCAUAGUGUAGUAUAUAAAAGCGUCUUCUCGUGACUAACACAGAUCCCACUCAACUCAGAUAGGCAUAAGGCAUGGUUGGCAUGGACUUAUACAUACGUAAAAUAUUAAAAGUAUCUUCCAUUCUCACUGUCAAUUCCCAAGGCGUUAGCCACACGUUGGUUGUGAAACGUGCUAUUAAAAUAUUUCUUUUGAAGUUAAAAACUGUAUUUUAAUUUUGAAAGGAAUAUUAGUUACGUAGACACGUAGUGUAGCCAUGUAGUGAAGCUUCGCUUGAGGCCUACAGUCUUCCUGGUUUUUGAACUAAACUAAAAUUGUUUUGCCAAAUUCUAGGCCAAAUUUAAAGCCAAAUCUUCUAAUUCUUUGCUCAAUUAACACGGCUAGUUUCUUAAAUACACCUUUAAAAUAAAACCAGGAGAUAAAUGAUCAAUUAGAUAGUCAAUUGGUCGCCAUCUUGUGGUUGUAAGUUCAAGAUGGCGGACGCGGGGCGAGCACAAGAACACAGUACACAUUAUGCCAAAUAUCUGCUAAAUCACACCCGAGUAGCAUAAGGUCGUGACAAUAAUCUGAAGGGACGUUGCCAACUAAGACGCUAUAAUAUUUAAUACUUCGUUGCCAUAAAAACGAUAUACAUUCCUCUCUAGUCAUUUUAA